GGUUUGACACCUCUAUUGUAAACAAAUUGAAAAUGGAACUGGUAAAGCGCGCAUUUCUGCGUGCAAGCAAAAACCACAGCACCCUCAGCUAUGAGUUGAUUGACCAGAUAUUAUCACCGCUCUGCGAGCUCCAUAAAGUUGACAAGCCGUCCAACAAGGAGGCACUAAAAGCCUUUGUCGGCGAAAUCGACGCUAGUAUUCGUGUUUUUGAUCAGACGCUGGUCUUUAUAAAGCAUGCACUGAAGAACGAGGAGUAUUUGGUGUACGCCAAGACAGAUGCCACGCCGGACACCAUAGCCAACACGGGUCUCGUCGCAGAGGAAUGCCAAUACUUUGCCAAGCUGCUGGACAAAAUAGCUGGCGAAGAAAACUGCUGCAUGGCCUGGAACGAGGCCUACAGUGACAUCGUCGGCCUUGAAAAGCCGCUCAAGAAGAUCCGUAUGCAGGAGCUGCUCCAAAAGUGGUGCCAAAUGGGCUACUUUCUGGAGGUGGAAGACAACAUCUACCUGGGGCCACGGACACUUGUGGAACUUAGUUUCUAUUUGCGCACCAAUCACGCGGAAACCAUCGAGACCUGCAAACUGUGCUCUAACCUGGUGCUAUGGGAAAUCAGGUGUGAUUCCUGCAACAUCCAGUAUCAUCGUGACUGCAUACGCAAAUUCUUGCAGAAACGCUCCAAUUGCCCGUCCUGCAACGAACUGUGGAAAACGCCGUUGCGUGCGUCCAUAGAUGGGCGGCGAUCGGUAACACCCCAGCCAUAAAUAAUACAAAUAAAACUAAUAUGAAACGAAAA